AUGGAUCCUAAUCCACGCUUACUCAUAUCUGAUCCUGAAGGCUGGGAGCGUUCGUGGCAGGCAGGGCUCGAUGUCUACUUCUCUCCCUCCCGAGCCAAUAUAACAGGAUUUGAGGCUAUAGACAAGUUCAUGGAUCCGAGCGCCAUCCAGAAUAUCAGCGAUUGGCAUCGACAACUCUGUGCUCUGCAAAGCGAUUUGGCGAAGCACGCGAGUGCGAAGUGUGCUACGGAGAACUUUGAAGAGGAAUGGCGCAGGUGUGGGGCGGAAGUGCGAAAGGAACAUUAUUUUGAGGGUAUGAGGAGGAUGCAGAAGUAUCCUGGUGUGGAGGAAACCCGAGUAUUCGCACCGGAGAUGACAUUACGCAACAUCGAGACUGAUAACGGGGAGGGUUAUCUGAAGCUCCUUCGGCUUUUGAUGCCUGAAGCGUUCCUAGAACAGGACCGUCUGGAUCGAUUCGCCAUGAUUCCACACCCGUUGAUCGACGACUAUCUCAAAUUGAAGCAACCUUUCGACACCUCCAGUAAUAUUCCGAAGGAUGCUACCGUGUAUGGCCAGAAAAUCUUUGUCGUCAUCCGCACCUUUCUGAUCACACUUGUCGUUUGGAAUAUCUUCCUGUCAUUCUACGGGCUCUCCGAAGACGUUAUUCCGACCAAGAUAAAGCGGGGAAAUGCACAGGAGAUCCAAAGGCCUUCGACCCUUAGUCAAGAGAAGCUCCGUACCCUCGAAAAGGAAACGAGACGUGAUAUGAAGCUGGGUCAGCGAAACUGCCAUAACUGUGAAAAAGUCGAAGCCCAGAUAGAUGGUGUGCUGAAGGUCUGUAAAAAGUGCUCCCUGGUAUUCUACUGCUCGAGGGAGUGCCAGGUGAACGACUGGAAGUACGGGACUCCUCCGCACAAGUCAACAUGCGGCAAAUCGUUAGACGAGCUGUUGGCCACAGCGACCGAGACGACCGCUUCACCCAUGCCUUCCUCCUCAUCUGCUUCCACCACACCAAGCGUCAUAGGCCCUCCCGCCCCAGGCUAUCGAAGAUCGCCUGCCCUCGUGCAUCACAUCGCAAUGCUCAAGAAGACAACCUCAAGGCCGGAUUAUUUCUUCAUGCUACCUUCUCCAUACCCUGAUCAUGGCAUGCAAUGUCCCGAUGCGUUGAUGUCCAGGCAGUUCUGCCUCCUGCGUGAGCAGGCAUUCUCUACUGGAGACGAGAGAUGUGUCAGGGCGAUGUACAAGUCUUUGAUGCAUUCUGCGAAGAGCAUUCCGCAUUACGGGGUGGAGGGAUUGCGGCGGCAGAUGAUGGCCGAGUUCGGUAUCGACGUGACGCGAGAAGCAGCGGAGUAA